AUGGCGGCAAACUCUGCGAAGGCGCGGAAGCGUCAUGCCGGGGAUUCCCCGUCCUCUGUCUACGUGUUGCCAUCAGAUGCUUCCGACGAAGAUGAUUUUGCGCAUGUUGGAAGCUCCCAGUCGUCGCAGUCCCAAUCGCAGACGUCGUUGGACAGGUCGGAGAUGGGAGUCAUCGAGGAGAUCUACUGCGAGAACUUCAUGUGCCAUCGCAAGAUGGUGGUCAAAUUGGGUCGCAACAUCAACUUCAUCACUGGCGAGAACGGCAGUGGGAAGAGCGCGAUCAUUGCCGCGCUGCAGAUCUGCCUUGGGGCGAGCGCACGCACGACGCAUCGGGGCAAGAGUCUCAAGAACUUGAUCCGCAACAGCGAUCAAGGAGAGCAGCCGCGGUCCGCGCUCGUUCGCAUCACCCUUCUCAACGACGGAAAGGGCACGGACGCGUUCCGCCCCGAACAGUUUGGUACGCGUAUUCAAGUGGAGCGAUUGAUCCGCAUAGAAGGGACGGCCGAGUACCGCCUCAAGGACAUGGACGGGCGCGUCGUGUCCAAGGCCAAAGCGGACUUGGAAGCCAUGCUCGACCACCUCAACAUCCAGAUCGACAACCCAUGCGCAGUCCUCGAUCAGGAGAACGCCAAGUUGUUUCUCAAGGGAGAUCCCGCCGACAAGUACAAGUUUUUCCUGCAAUCGACGGAUUUGUACAAAAUGCGGGCAGUUUUUGCGAAAAUCGAAGAUGAAACGAACGUCCGGAAGGAAUCAACGUUAGAGCACGAGGGUCGCAAGGUCCAGUUACUCCAACAGGCCCACGCCCAAGCCGUGAAAAUGUAUGAAAAAGCUCAAUCUUUUGCGCACUUGGAAGAGAAACUGGUCAGUGUCAAGCACCAUUUGGCGUGGUCGUUUGUCCGAGUAAAGGAAACCGAAUACGAAACCCUGCGCGAAGAGCUAGAGCAGUGCCAAACCAAAGCCGACAGCUAUAAGAAACAUAUGGCUAAAUACCAAGCCCAAGUGGAAGUUUUGACUGCAGAUCAGCACCAUUUAAACGAAUCCCUCGAACUCGAAACGGAAAAGUUGGCAGAUCUGGACAAACAACAGCAAGAACUCAAGCAUCGGCAGCGCCAACUGCGAUAUCCCCAGCAAAUUAAAGAGGCGGAACGCAAACAACUGGAACACAACCUCCAAAAGUCCAAGAAACGACUGGUGGAGAUCGAGAAGGACAAGCUCAAGAAGCGGCAGAGAUACCAGGAAUACAUGAGUUCAUUAGAGCAUAAACAAGCGCAAUCGGCCAAAGAAUUGGACUCGGUCCAACUCCGACUGGACGACGCCCUCGACCAAAAAAGACACUUGGAGGAGCGCGGGAACGUGGAUUUUUCGGCCGAAUUAAAUCGAUUGACUGAAGAAUUGGACACUUGCAAGGGCCAGCGACGCGACUGCAAAAGCGAGCGCGAACGGGUGGGCGCUCGCCUCCAUUCGAUUCGAGACCAGUCCAAGAAUCGGCUGUUGGCGUUUGGAAAUGGCGUGCCGUACUUGAACCAGUUGAUCGAAGAGAAUUUGGAUCGGUUUUCCCAACCUCCCAUUGGUCCGUUGGGGUUAUAUGUGUCAAUUCCAGAGCAUAGAAAGCAUUGGACGUUGGCCGUGGAAUUGAUCUUGAAAAAUGUGCUCAACAGCUACUUGGUGGCCUCUGGACCGGAUAAAGCGCUGUUUGAUCGACUCAAAGCCAAAGCCAAGUGUGGACAAGUUAGCAUUUUGAUUGCCAAGCGUUCGUCUCACAAAUAUUCUGGACUGCAUGUUCCUACGGGAUCUCUGCAAGAACACGCGGUGGCGUCGAUUGUGUCGGUAGAUGACCCAAACGUGUUUAACGCGUUGGUGGACAUUGCCAAGAUCGAAUCCAAGCUGAUAUUUGACUCGCGCAAAGAAGGCGAAGAACGCACUAUUGCGUCGUCGUCUACCAGCGGCAGUCGGUCGGUGCAGUUUUAUGCCAAUGUGUCGGAAGUGUACAUGCCAAAUGGCGAUAAAUUCUUUGCCCGACGAGGCAAUUUGGGAUUUAUUGCGAAUAAAACCAUGAAACAUGCGCGAAUUCUAUCGCAAGAUCACUCGGCCGAGGAAAACGAGCUCGCGGACAGACUGCAAGUGCUGGACCGCCACUACGAAGUGCUCCAGCGGGACGAAGAAAACAUGAUUCGCCGGAGAAAUGCGCUAAACCGAGACCAAGAAGAGCACGAACGCAAGAUGAGUGAAGUGAACCGCCGCAUCCAUACCCUCGAAACUGACUUGAACCGACUCAAGCGCCAACAAGAUCAGUCUAUGGAUACGUCGAUUGGGGAUACGACCAUGCUGGACGACGAAAAAACCGAACUCGAGUUUGAAAUGGACACGAUGCACACUCGGUUGCAAGUGUUGAACGACGAGCUCGAGCACGACAAUCCUGAACUCGCCGUGAUUUCCACAGACUUGUCGACUUUGCAAGCCACGGAGCGAUCGAUUCACACUCGAUUAAACGAACUAAAGGACCAAACCAUGGGUUUAUACCAGCGCCUAAUGCAAGCCAAAGCCAAACAGGUCAAAGCUACCCAGCAAGUUGACCGACUGGACGGCGAAAUCGCGCGCAAAGCGGCCGAAGUGGCCACCGCCGCCGCCCAAGUCCAAGACAGCGUCGAUAAAGCCAGCAGCAUCUGCGGCCGCAUCGAGGACGUCGAGCAUCCGUCGUAUUAUAAUGCCCAGAUCCACGAGCUGAACCACCGCAUGACAGUGGAAAAAGCGCAGUUUGAUCACAUGGACUUAUGCGAAUUGGAGCUCGAUGUGCAGGAAAAAGCCGGCAAACUCAAUCAAAAGGCCAUCGAGUUCAAAAAUCUAUCGGACAACGUGCACCAUGUAAGCGCCAUGCUCGUGAAACGAAAGCUCAAAUGGGCCGCCCUGCGCAAAGAAAUCGCGACGCGGACGUCCCUCGGCUUUAACAAGUUUAUGAUGAAGCGAGAUUUUGCUGGGAAAUUGAAAUUUGACCAUACUGGCCAGCGAUUGGACGUGGCAGUGGUGAGAAACAAAGAGGGCGGCACCAAGUUGUCUGUGGUGAACGAUAUGAAGCAAUUGUCGGGCGGCGAGCGCAGUUUCACCCAAGUAUCACUUUUGAUGGCUCUGGGCGAGUGCAUCGAGUGUCCGUUUAGAGUCAUGGACGAGUUCGAUGUGUUUAUGGACAGCAUUAACCGAACACUUACGCUCAAGCUGCUGAUUGAAACCGCCAAAACCGAAGCCACCAAGCAGUUUAUUUUUGUUACGCCGAACGACCUCAGCUCGAUCAAAGAAGACAGCAUGGUGAAGAUUCAAAAGCUGCUGCCGCCGCGAGAUCGCCAGUUGGGACGAACGUAGUUGUUUGAAUAACACCCAAGUCUUUGAUGGAAAACUAGAACUACCGUUAACAGUUACUCUGCAUACGCGUAACGUUGCUAUUAAUAGUAACUUGGUGCACUUGCCG